AUGCCUUUUCAGUUCAUACUCCCUACUACGAAACCCUUCUAUUUUUCUUCAAGUAUCGCUUUCGAGUCGCACCCCUCCUUGGCCAUCACAGCAAGCACAUAUCGUGGGGUUUUAAGCGACUCCUUGAAAAAGCAUAGACGGUUACCUGCUUCCUCUCAGCCGCCAAAUUUACCUUCAGUAAUCUCUAAUUUAAAUAACUAUCUCCCAUGCCUCCUUGCUAUCGACGCCGGCUUGAGUAAUAAGUCGGUUUCUGGUGAGCGCGUCGCCGUAGUCUUAACAUCUACUCCUAAUAUCCAAUGGCGGCCUACCUUGUCUGACUAUGCCAUACCCGGGAAGCAGAUAGCUAAGGUCAAAAUGCAGUCCUUGGAGUAUGAGCUGUUCUUCACUCUCUCAACUUUGGGCUAUACUAAUACCCUCCUUGCCCGCUCUACUUUGCAUCCACUCUAUGUAACCUCAGGAGAGCCUCUGAGCAUGCAAGAGCGCACCAAAAUAAUUACUACGGCUACAAAAUACCUACUGGAUGCCGCCUCGGUGCAUGACUAUGUUGCUCGCCGAGCUGAGGGUCUUUCUACCACACCCCCUUGUCCCGAUAUAUUUCAGUCAACCGCCCGCGCCAUGUCUUCACUUGCAUUAGCUGAAGCCACUUUACUCGCCGUCCUCAAAGACGACCCAUAUCCAGCCGUCGUCGCCCAGGACCGCAAUGAAAACGAUCGGGAGUGGAUGUACAAAGCGCCUGAGAUACCCAAGGUGCGAGCCCACCUAUUUGCCCGGCUGUGCCUCGCAGCUGCAGAGCACGCGGCUCAGGCAUCUUCCUUGUGCCGGUCCGCCACCGGAAAUGGAUCCUCCAAGCUUAACGAAGGGCUGCUGCGGUAUCUGGAGGACUUCCGGAAGACGAGCCGCGCAAAGGCGUGUCGGUUCUUCGGCAUCGACGCAGAACUGUCAGGCCAGACCGGAAACGCGCUGGGUUGGCUGCGGUGCGGGCUUCAGGAACUCGGCAUCAAGCCGAAGGAGGCGAAAAAAGGUCUUAGCCUUAGCCGCAUGAAGAAAGAUUGGGCGGAGAAGAGGGAAGACAAAAAGAUCGAACGGGGAACGAAUUGGGGCACGGACGCUGGGAAGCUAGAGGAAACACGUGUGAUCGAGAUGUUGGAUGCGAAAUGGACUAAAGUGAACGAUACCAUGCUCACCCAGGCUAUCCCGGCGCCUGGGACGUUACUGGCUAGUCUUCCGUCCGGAAGGGAUAUGCAUACAAUCAAACCGUACCAACCCCCGGAGAUGUCAAGAGAGUCUCUAGAAGCAAUGCGUGCGCCGCCGGAUCGGCCAGACGAUUACCUAGGCGAGGAGGAAAGUUCGGAUGAAGAGGGCGCUGCCGUCCCGGCACCGAUUGGCGCAUUCCCGGGUACGCAUGAAGAAUACCGAAGUGAGAGUACAAGGUCGUAUUACUAGCCGCUGUCGGUCUUCACUUCUCGCCAUGGGAAUCAAACCACAGCAGCUAGGUAGGACAGGUGCUUGCGUUGCGCUAUAAUGCCCCUUCCAGCGGUGCUCUCUGCAGCAAUACGCGUCUGAGUCUCGGAUAUGUCAGUGCUUCUAGGAAAUACAAUGCAGAGCCAAACAGGUGUGUAAGUGGACGUUCGUACAUUCAUAUUUUACUCACUUUUAUAUGCUACGACAAUUUAGUUACUAUUCCUUUCGUAGCAGGCCCCAAGAUACCCCCAAAGCUCACUCCGUUCUCGUUUUAGAAGUUAAGUUGAAAACAUGGCUGACGACCAUUUAUCUAGUCCACGUGUGCACCACGCCAUCCUAGCUUAGCAGCGCCCUUUGGGCAUUAAGAUCACGAGACUUGAUACCAAUUCAUAGCAUCAGAAGAGCUACCUCUCUAACUCUCCAUCCU